GUCGGUGCCGGGGGGGUGGGGGGGUGGGCGGGGGCGUCCCGGCCGCGGCGCGACCAUGACUCUGGAGUCCAUGAUGGCCUGUUGCCUGAGCGACGAGGUGAAGGAGUCGAAGCGCAUCAACGCCGAGAUCGAGAAGCAGCUGCGGAGGGACAAGCGCGACGCUCGCCGCGAGCUGAAGCUGCUGCUGCUGGGCACUGGGGAGAGUGGGAAAAGCACGUUCAUUAAGCAAAUGCGUAUAAUUCAUGGCUCAGGCUACUCUGAAGAGGACAAAAAAGGCUUCACCAAGCUGGUGUACCAAAACAUCUUCACUGCCAUGCAGUCUAUGAUAAGAGCCAUGGAAACCCUGAAGAUUCUGUACAAAUAUGAACAGAACAAGGCCAAUGCAGUGCUGAUCAGAGAAGUGGAUGUAGAAAAGGUCAUGACAUUUGAGCAGCCAUAUGUAAGUGCAAUUAAAACAUUGUGGAAUGACCCUGGAAUACAAGAGUGUUAUGACAGGAGAAGAGAAUAUCAACUUUCUGACUCAGCUAAAUACUAUCUCAGCGAUGUGGAUCGUAUUGCUACCCCAGGAUAUCUACCAACUCAGCAAGAUGUGCUACGGGUUAGAGUCCCUACAACCGGGAUCAUAGAGUACCCCUUUGACCUAGAGAAUAUUAUCUUCAGAAUGGUGGAUGUUGGAGGUCAGAGAUCAGAACGAAGGAAGUGGAUCCAUUGCUUUGAAAAUGUGACUUCCAUCAUGUUUUUAGUAGCACUUAGUGAAUAUGACCAAGUUCUGGUGGAAUCUGAUAAUGAGAACCGGAUGGAAGAGAGUAAAGCUCUCUUUCGAACCAUUAUCACUUAUCCCUGGUUCCAAAACUCUUCUGUUAUCCUCUUUCUCAACAAGAAAGAUUUGUUGGAAGACAAGAUCCUGUAUUCCCACCUUGUUGACUAUUUCCCAGAGUUUGAUGGCCCACAGAGGGAUGCACAGGCAGCCCGUGAGUUCAUCCUCAAGAUGUUUGUGGAUUUAAAUCCCGACAGUGAUAAAAUCAUCUAUUCCCAUUUCACAUGUGCCACAGACACAGAAAACAUCCGUUUCGUCUUUGCAGCUGUCAAGGACACCAUCCUACAGCUCAACCUGAAGGAGUACAACCUGGUUUGACCUGCUCUGCUCUUGCCCCUUGAGAGGCUUCUUUAUGAAGAAAAGAAAAAAAAAAAAAAAAGAAAUUUUAAAUAUGACAGGA